UUCGAUCAACCUAUUUAUAAUUUGUAUUUUUGUUUCAAUUAUGAUUAUUUUGAGGAAGUUCUGUUGUUGCGUACCCCUACGACAGGGUUGCCUUAUCUUGGGUUACUAUUACAUUAUCUUGGGCUUCCUCAAUGUGUACUUUAUGAUGAUCUACUUGGAUUUUUGCGCACGCCUUAAAAAACUCUGGUUCCUACACGAUGAAGUCAGCAUUAUUGCUGGCGUUUUACUCCUGGCUUCCUCUCAUAACCCGGAAAAUUUAACAUUUUUACUUCCCAUACAUAUGUUCGUAAAACUGGCGGCUUUAAUUAUUGAACUAAUAUUUUAUCUGCUAUUGGCCAGUUCCAAUGAUUUGAAUACUAUAACGGCUAUAUAUUCCUUUAUUUCCAUUUUUGCUACUGUAUAUUGUCUGCUCGUGGUUUUCUCAUUUUUUCAGAUUUUGGAUCAGCAGUCGUAAUGUCAUUAGAGGCAGACCUA